UCCAGUGGCCAAAGAGAGCCUGUCAAAAAAGAGAAGUGGCCACAGGGGGGAUUCAGAGGGAACAAGGUGGCAGGAAAAGCUGGAGCCUAAUUGAUUUGACGUCCCCAACACCACCGCCAGUGACAAUAAUAAUUAUUUGCAAGCUCUAGCUGAGGGAACCAGUGGCGGAGAGGAAGCAGCCGCGAAUUAUGGCCCCCAAGCAUGGCAGCCAGCAGCAGCCAUGUGGCUGACGAUGAGGGUAAAUUCUUGGAUGCCAGUGGGUUUCAUCCUUUCCAGACUAUAGAACCGGACCUCAGCAUCUCGUGUUUCAUCAGCAGGUGGACUCUCUCACAGCACCCUCUCUUCAUGUGCCUCCACUUUGCCAUCCAGGCCUCCUUACAGUCAGCAGUCAGGUGACCCUUCCUUUCCCUUUGAAGAUCCCUGGCAAUCACCUGCAAUUCUUUCACCUGCCUCUUUGCCAGCAAUAGAGACUUGGAGAUGUCCCUCUUUGACCUUUGGGAACUGGAAGAUGACCUUGGUCCUGCACAGCUGGACAGAUGAGAAGUCAAGCAAACAUGAUGGAGAAACUGAAGAAUUCCCAGUCGCCUGUUAAGCCUGAGCAGCCAAGCCUUCUCCCACCAGCUGUUACUCCAACCCCUCUUCCUUCCCCAGAUGGUGGGGGGAAUGAUGUAGAGGCCACUGAGCCCCCCACCAGCCCCACUUCUUGCUCACCUCAAACAAAGGGGAGCCCUCCUGCUGAGGCUCCCCAUGCAGCACUGCCCCCCAAUGUCCCUGUCAUCAGCCUGGCCUACAGCAAGUCCCCCACUCCUGUUGAGGUCCCCACAACCCAACUCACUACGCUGCACCCCAUUCCUAACUUCUUGCAGUUCUCAGGUCUGCCUGGACACCCUCCGCCAUCCCUGCCUCUGACCGGAGUAAGGAGUCCACUUUUAGCCCCACAAUACCAGCCUCAUCCCUUUCUCAACAACAUCUACCUAGGCAACUCGGGGACAUUUGGCCUCUUUCCUAAUAACCGCCUCAAGCGGAGACCAAGUCAUUAUGAGCAAGACAUUACUGAAGGUCUUCAACCUCAGAAAGUGGCACGCCGGGUCUUCACUAAUAGCCGGGAACGGUGGCGUCAACAGAAUGUGAAUGGUGCCUUUGCUGAGCUUCGGAAACUCAUUCCCACCCACCCACCUGACAAGAAGUUGAGUAAGAAUGAGAUUCUUCGCUUGGCCAUGAAAUAUAUCAAUUUCCUGGUCAAGCUACUGAGUGACCAGGCCAGACUGGCUGGAGGGGAGACUGCUGAAACAACCAGCCCCUGCAAUGGCACUCCCAGGACUCCAUCACCAUCAGCAUCCAUAAAACUGGAACAGUUAACCGCUGAGUCAAUGACUGUGUUGGAAGCAGGAGAAUCACGGUGAUGUCUAGCAGUAAAGACCACCAUCGCCACCCUUUUCUGUGCAUCUACAAUGCUGCCCAUGUGGUUCAAGCGAGCAUCAGUGGAAACUCCUUGGCCUGCACAUCCCUUCCUUGAGUCCAUCACCCAUGGAACAGUCUGCCAUAAUAGGAUUAUAUUGACUUUGGAAGAUUUCAUUUGACUUCAGGAAUCCAAAAACAGAGGGAGAAGGUGCUGGAGUCCCUUUGACUGAGACAUCCAUUGAUGUCCAAUGGAAGCCUCAAAAUGUGGGGACUCUGGGAGAGAUGAGGUUUUAUGUACAAUUCCCUGGUUUAGGGCAGUAGGAAACUGCUUGAGCAGUUCUAUAUGAUAUCUGGUUUGCAUAAGAUACCCUCUAGCUCCUGUUGGCUGUAAGAGGAAGACCUUGAUGUCAGGCAGCACUAUAGCUGGAAAAGGUGCUCUGGAGUUUCAUUUUCACUGUUUGCUGAUUAGUGCUGGUUUUUAGCCUUAACACUGCUCCUGCCAACAAAUCUAAGCCAGUACCCCACAUAAAUAUUUGAGCCUGUACAAAAGGGCAAAAGGAAAUAAAAAGAAGUGGCAAGGUUAAGAAGCUGAGCUCCCAGGCCCAGUCUACUUUCCACCUUCCUCUCAAAAUGGGACUCUGGCUCGGUUAUAUCAGUGACAUCUUUCUAGAUGGGAAAAGAGCUACUGAAGGACUUCGAGCAUUCUUGUCAAUGGCUUGGAAAGCAAUGGCCAUACAGACUGUUCAGUGCAUCUGCUGUGCUCUGCCUAGUUGGGUGUUCAGCAGUAGCUCAGUCAAGGCUACAGGCAGUGGUUUGUGUGAGCAUGUCUUCUUUUUGACAUGCUUAUUUUCCUGCAUGCAUAAUGUUUUUCUUGGCAAUUUUUGUGCAGAAACCUUCGUUAUCAGUCCCAAAAAGCAAGAGCACCAUCUCUGCAGGAGAACUGGGCCUUAACAAUGGUCUCUUGUGAGCCAGGUGUGCUGUUGGGGAGUUACUCCAGAUGCAAGCAGUUAAGAGGGAGUAGGUGGUGGUGGUGCAGUAGCUGCUGUGUCACUCCUAAGGGGCCAGUUGGAUGGGUGGGAGGUUGCUGGGAGCCCACAGUUUCAGAAACCUUCUCCCUUCCUGGAAAGAGAAGGGCGGUUUAUGCUGAGUCAAUAUCUCGAACUUCUCCCCAAACCCUGGGCCCCUUACCAAAACCACAUAUGACAGCAAUGAUUCUGGAGGGAGGGAGGCCUGAGCUGCCUGUUAUCAGAUGAAGAAGUUUGCUGAAAGGUCUUUGGGGUGAAGGAAGAAGAAAGAUUACCAUAUCUACACACACACACACACACACACACACACACACACACACAAACAGCAGGACCCAGAUUUGCUUGUAAAGGAAAUUGUUCUCCGCUAAUAUUUGUUUUUAUUGGGAGGAGGAUUUGUAAGAUGGGAUUCUUACACUCAAUGCUGUCCAGACCAGAAGCUCCUUGGAACCAAAUUCUUCUAAGUUGUAUGAUGUUUUAAACUGAAGUCAAUGCCAUAAACAAAAAGAAAAGUAAUAUAUUUGGUGAUAAUUGUUGACACUGUAAAAGGUUGUGUGGGUUGCGUGCUAGAUUUUGAAUCUGAAUUUUUCACUGCAAGGAAAUGAUGAGGAACUACGCGCGCGCGCGCGCGUGUGUGUGUGUAGUGUGCUUGUGAAGUGAAAAACUGUUGAAGAUACAAAAGUACUGCAUCCUGAGGUGAUUCCUCCUCAGUCCUCUCUGACAUGCUGUAAAGUAUGGCAGUAGCACCGCAAUGGUUGGAUGAAGCCACAUUUCAAUGUCUAGAGAGGAAAUGGCCCAAGUAUGCCCACAGGGCCUGGUGUAUUAUUCUGCCAAUACCCAGCAGCUUACCUGAUAUCAUGCACAUUCCUUGGGUAGCUCUUCCUUGGCUACAGCCUAGUUACAUGCUAGAAAUUAACCCCCAACUACACAGAGCUGAAUGGCAAUUUGUGACACGUUCCUGUUCCUCUUGCCAGUUUUGGUCUCAUUCACUUUGCUGUGAUUAAGGAGGUUUUCCUUUUUUAUUCAACUUUCUGAGUUUGUAGUCUAAGCAAUCACUAUGCCUUUCUUUCUUCCUCUUGUCCACUUUCCAAGCAGUCCUUCAAUCACAGGAUGUUGAUUUUAUUUUAUUUUUUCAUAUUCCCUUAUCACGCUAUACUGGUUCUUGCUCUAGUCAGCUCAGUGAAAGGAUCCAGAAUAUCUGUUUGGGUUUGCACAGCAUACUGAAGCCUUAGCCAACUAUCUUUUAGCCCAGAAUCUAGCCAGGGUGGGAAAUCUUGUGGCCACCGUGUCAUGCAAAUCCAAGAAAGAUAGUAAACUGUAACUGAAUGCAGUCUAAGCCCGUGAAUACCCAUUAAUGUUUAUUAUCCAAUCAUUCUUUAAGUUAGUGACAUCUUUUGUUUAGCUGUUAUUGUUUAUGUGGAAUCUUUGAGGUGCCAAAAUCAAAUUAAACAUUUUGCUCAGAAUUUAGUGAAAAGAACAUGGUUCCAAGGAAAACAACUACCGGUAAUCGAAACAUAGCAGGCCCAGUCAGUGAACUAUUCUGCUCAGGCUCCACCAUAAUGAAUUGGAAAGUUUAAAGAAAGAUGCUGUUCAGCAGGCAAGAGCAACUUCUACCAGACUGUUAGAAUUGAUAGAUGUGCAGAGGAUGUGGUGUGUUUGUAUGUAUUGCUGAAAGGACCCUAUAAACCGAAGUAAGGUAGCCAUAUUUUUAAAAGCAAUGGAUGCCAUUAC